AUGUUCCCGUCAGGUAACUUUAACCACACAGCCACUUCCAGCAGUCACUUAAACACAUGUAAUAAUACUCACAAUCAGAUGAGCUUGUUAGAAAAUGACAAUUAUAUUAUAAAGCAGGGUAAAGUUUGCAGCAUUCAUAACCAGAGAAGACUACACGACACGCAACAAAGAAGAGCCUUUUUGAACCUUCGCUCUCCCGACGGGCCUUUGUUUGGCACGAAGCCGUCAGCGAGAUGUGAACGAAGCGCAUUCCUGUCCGACUUGCCUCCUGCAGACGCUCGUAUGAAUGACAGGACUGGCAGGGCUGAGUCCAUAGUAAGCUGGGAAUAUGAUGAAGUAACUGACAUAUCAGAGGAUAGCCAGUCUCAGGCUGAGUCUUACCAGUUGCAAUAUAAAGUGGCAGGCACAAAGGCUUUAUUGUCAAACAGAUCAGUUGAAAGCCAAAUAACCUCACUAUCAGGAAGUCUGAAGGAUUUUUCCCUUAAGGAGUCUGAGCCACUAGUCAGCAAGAUGGAUCCUGCUGAGAUUGCUGCCAUGAAUGAAAAUGAUUUUGAGUCAGAAUUAGAGGAAAAGGGUGGUGAGGCCACUCAAUCUGCCUCUCAUGAUGGCCAAUUGGAUCCACCGUCAACUAGUGAUGGAGGUGAUACCUCUGGUGGUGGUGGUGAACAGGUGAGCCAACAAAAUGGGGAGGAAGGCCAAGUUGAGGAUCUGGAAGAGAAUGACACUGACUAUCUGCCAGGUCCUUCUCAUGCCCCCCCUCCCCCUCACCUUGCUCCUACCUCACCCCACCACCAAGGCCACCCCAUGUUUCAAAUAGGUGACGAAACGGAUGAGGACGGCAGUGCAGAUCCACCUGCCAUCAGUGAAACUGGUGGACCUGGUCCUGGGCAGCCAUUACCUCUGGCUAGGAUGGCCAACAGCCCAGUUCAUGCUCCAGCACCAGAAGGAGCAUAUGACCCAGCAGACUUUGAGCACUUGAAUGUAAGUCCAGAAAUUGAAGACCUCUUUUCAUACAUCACACGCUACACGCCCCAGGCCAUUGAAUUGGAGCAUCGGCUACGGCCUUAUAUCCCUGAUUACAUUCCAGCUGUUGGGGAUAUUGAUGCCUUCAUCAAGAACCAAGUGCACGACAGAGUGAUGCCACUGUUUUAGACUUACAACUGCGUGCCCUUGCUAAACAUACAACUGCAAAGUCUGUGACUGUGAAAACUGUUGAAAAUGCUGAAAAGAAUACGAAAGUUAUUGAAAAGUGGGUUCGUGAUAUCAGUGAGCUUCACAGAGCUAAGCCUCCACCAACUGUCCAUUACAGCAAACGGAUGCCAGACAUUGACAGCCUGAUGCAAGAAUGGCCAGGGGAAGUAGAAGACUUGCUUAAGGAAAUAAAUCUACCAACAGCAGCUCUACAGUUGGACUUGCCCUCUUAUGUGGACAUC